AUGUCUGGAGUGAAGAGAGCACUUCGUCAGUUUACCUUCGGCCAAGGCAAAACCGCCGGCCGUAAUUCCUCCGGCCGAAUCACCUCCUUCCACCGAGGCGGCGGCGCAAAACGGUUACAACGAGUCAUCGAUCUCAAACGCAACACAUCUUCAUCCAUAGGUAUCGUCGAACGAAUCGAAUACGAUCCUAACCGUUCAUCUCGCAUCGCUCUCGUUCGUUGGCUCAACGGUAUCCAUCCACCUCCUCAACGCCGCACUCCCGCCGCUUCGGAGUCUUCCACCUCCGCUGCUUCACCUAGAGUCCUCCAACUCGAUCCAUCGUCAACCGUAAAUGACACUCGCGGUGUGUUUGGUUUGAGUCCAAUGCUCCCACAACUCCACGCCGGAGCUUCGUCCGGGAAGGUUUUCAUCUCUGCGUUUUCGUCCAAGACUAAGGAAGAUAAAACUGAAUCUGUUCCAUUGCCGUUAGGGUUACCAAGGAUUGCUGUGGCGGCGGCGAGGCCUGCGUUCUUCGGUACUCGUACACCUUUGAAAGGUGAAGAUGAGAAGUUGGAGAUUCGUAAUUGGAAGAAGAAUAGUGAUGUUUGGGAGCAUAGGAACAAACGUAAAGCGGCAAUUUCUUGGCAUAACAUUGCUUGA